AUGGGACGUGAAUUGCAUGGGGCUGCAUGGGGACUGAUCACGUGGGUCUUGCCAUUUGUCCUUGGGAUUUUCAGGAGUUGGGACGCACCAUCAGACCAGAUUGGUCAUCACGUGGAGGAUGUUGGGCUAUUUUCAAUCCAUUGUGAGGAUUGUUGCCGUGGGUUUUGGGACCUAAGAGUGCUGGCUGAACUUGCUUUGAUGAGUGCAAGCUGGCGGCACCUCUGCGGGCGCAGGAACCUACGAUGUGAGGGAAGGAGAAAAGGGCAGGCCAAGUCAAGAGAACCAUCUCGGGUGAGGGAAGAGGUAGGUGACUUUGAGACUAGGCUGUCCAAGUUAGAACUUCACGUGGCUGGUGAGGAGUCAAGGGUUGAUGGGUUGGAGAACCGAGUGGGGGAGCUUGCGGAGGACCUAGAUGAGACUAGGGGAGAUAUGCAGGCUGCUCUCAACAUGACCUUAGACAAACUAGCUACCGAAGGUGAGGUUCUAAGAGUGUCCCAAGCUGAAGAGGUUUCUGCUUUGAGAGAGGAGAACCGUGCGCUGAAGGAGGAAGUGGAGAAGAUUAAGGAUGACCUUGCAAUGCUGAAAAGGGUUGUGAACCAAGGGAGUGGAACAGACCCGAAUACCUCUCAUGCAGUCCAUGCAGCUAGGAUGGACGUGCCAAAGCCUAGCGCUUUUAAGGGUUCACGAAGUGCCAAAGAAAUUGACAAUUUUCUAUGGACACUGGACCAGUAUUUUCGGGCACUGGGAGUCGACGAUGAUGCCAGAAAAAUUGAUAAUGCUCCUCUGUAUUUGGCGGACAGCGCCAUGGUGUGGUGGAGAAGGCGGUUAAUGGAUGUGGAAAAGGGGACUUGCAAGAUUUCUACGUGGGAUGAAUUUAAGAAAGAAUUGAAGAAACAGUUUUACCCCGAAAACGCAGCUACUGAGGCUAGGGCGAGAUUAAGGCGCCUUACACAGAAGGGAACCAUUAAAGAUUAUGUUAAAGACUUCACCGAGGUGUUGCUUGAAAUCCCUGACUACCCGGAUUUAGAAGCUUUGUUUGCUUUCAAAGAUGGGCUGCAACCUUGGGUCAAUUUGGAGAUAGAACGUAGGGGAGCCCAGGACCUUGCGACUGCCAUAGCAAUUGCCGAAUCUCUUGUGGAGUUUAAGAGGUUAGACAAGUCCAAGGGGAAGGACAGCAAGAGUAAGGGCAGCGGUGAUAAGGGUGGAAGCAAGGAGGGAAGCGGCAAGGAGGCACCGAAGGAUGGAAACGGGAAGAAGGGAUGGCAAGGCAAGAAGGACACGCGGGAAGGGAAAUCCAAGGGCUGGAAUAAGGCGUCCAGGCCUGGUGAACGUGGUCCCUUGAAAUGUUUUCUGUGUGAGGGACCUCACAAAAUGGCAAACUGCCCGAAGAGUGGAGGCCUUACUGCACUGACCGAGAACAAGGGUGAAGCUGCACCACGUGAGGAAGGCUCAAGUAUGGGUUCACUGCAGUUGGCGGCAAUUGUGAAAGGUAAGCAGAUUGAGACUGGGGUUGGCACGAAGGGAAGAUUAUUUGCACAGUUGAAAAUUGGCCAGAACGAGGUUCAAGCCUUGGUUGACACCGGGGCAUCGGACAAUUUUCUGAGACUGGAAGAGGCGCAGAAACUGGGUAUCACAUUCAGUGGGAAAUCAGGUUGGUUAAAGGCCGUAAAUUCAAAACCAACACCUACACAUGGAGUGGCUGCCAACGUGAAUGUGAGGAUUGGCGAAUGGACUGGGCUUAUUGAUUUUUCGGUAGUGUCCAUGGACGACUACUCAUGUGUACUGGGGAUGGACUUCAUGGAUAGGGUGAGAGCAAUCCCUAUUCCCUUUGCCAACAGCCUGUGUAUUGUGGAGGAUAAGGGUGCGUGUACUGUUCCAUUGAGAAGGGGAAAAUCUGCUGGAAGCACCUUGUCUGCGCUGCAGUUGGCUAAGGGCGUGCGCAAACUGGAGCCAACAUUUUUAGUGGCCUUGCAGGCCGAAAACAGUGAGCAGUCUGGUGUAGUUGUGCCGCAUGAAGUACAGUCUGUGUUGGAGGAAUUCUCGGAUGUGAUGCCUAAGGAACUGCCGAGAGAGUUGCCACCCAAAAGAGAUGUUGAUCACUCCAUUGAACUGCUGCCUGGAGCAAAACCCCCAAGCGGAGUCCCUUACCGCAUGGCACCUCCUGAGUUAGAGGAGUUGCGUCGGCAGCUCAAGGAAUUAUUGGAGGCUGGUUUUAUUCAGCCGUCCAAAGCCCCAUAUGGUGCACCAGUGUUGUUUCAGCGGAAGAAAGACGGAAGUCUCCGAAUGUGCAUCGACUACAGAGCUUUGAAUAAGGUUACGGUGAAAAAUAAAUAUCCUAUUCCGCAUAUUGGAGAUUUAUUUGAUCGGUUGGGGGCAGCCCGAUGGUUUUCGAAAUUGGACCUACGUUCGGGGUACUACCAAGUCAGAAUUGCCGAGGGAGAUGAACAGAAAACGGCUUGUGUGACUCGGUAUGGUUCGUAUGAAUUUCGGGUAAUGCCUUUCGGCCUCACCAACGCACCUGCUACCUUCUGCACCUUGAUGAAUCAGGUAUUCCAUCAGUUUCUCGAUCAUUUCGUUGUGGUUUACUUGGAUGAUAUAGUUGUGUAUAGCCGAACACUUGAUGAGCAUGUGGGCCAUUUGCGGCUGGUUUUUCAUGAAUUGCGUAAACAUCAUUUGUUUGUGAAAAAGGAAAAAUGUGAGUUUGCAAAGGAAGAGGUGGCGUUCUUGGGGCAUGUAGUCGGACAUGGGAUGAUUAGAAUGGAUGAGGCUAAGGUUAAGGCCAUUGAAGAGUGGGAGCCGCCCAAACGGGUACCGGAAUUGCGGUCGUUUUUGGGCCUAGCCAAUUAUUAUCGGAGGUUUAUUCCGGGGUACUCUCAUGUUGCCGCACCACUUACGGAUUUAUUAAAGAAAGAUAAACCGUGGAGUUGGGAUGAGAGGGUCCGUGAAUCUUUUGAGAAACUGAAACAAGCACUGAGAGGGGAGCCGGUUUUGAGACUGCCAGAUUUUGCCGCACCAUUUGAGGUGCACACCGAUGCUUCGGACUAUGCUAUCGGGGGUGUGAUCAUGCAAGACCGACAUCCAAUAGCUUACGAAAGCAGAAAGUUAAAUGAUACUGAACGGAGGUAUACUGUCCAGGAGAAAGAGAUGACAGCCGUUGUCCAUUGCUUGAGGACUUGGCGUCAUUAUUUGUUGGGGAGCCGCUUCGUAGUGAAGACGGAUAAUGUGGCAACAAGCUAUUUUCUCACUCAGAAAAAACUGUCACCUAAACAAGCAAGAUGGCAAGCAUUCCUUGGGGAGUUCAACUUCGUGAUGGAGUACAAACCGGGAAAGGCCAAUCUGGUGGCCGAUGCACUUAGCCGAAAGGUGGAGCUGGCGAAGAACCACACGCCCCACUCGACUGGCGCAUUGGUGAGGUUCUCCAAUAGAUCCUCACGCCCACUAUUGCGUGAGCCGAUUGAGCAAGGCAGACGAGGAGGUUCUCGGAGGGAUGAACAGGCUGAUUCGGACAAGGAAGGGAGCAGUUUUGACAAGGGUGAGCAGCGAAGGCCGGCUGGCUUGUUGGAGCCUCUCCCAACGCCAGGCCGCCCUUGGGAAAGCAUUUCGAUGGAUUUUAUUGUUGGCUUGCCGAAGGUAAACGGGCUGGGCAACAUUAUGGUUGUUGUGGACAGAUUGAGCAAGUAUGCAGUGUUUAUUCCAGCCCCGGUUUUGUUUGAUGCAAAGGAGGCAAGAGGUUAUUUUUCCGGGUGUUGUGAAGUACUGGGACCGCCGAGGACAUAG